CCUUCAAAAUAAACAAAGUAAGAUAUAUUGAUGAUUAGAAGACAAUGGUUUCUUUUAUUCUCUACAAACUGGGGUGAGCAAUAAAUGGGCAGACUUCACUGUUACACUGUUUAUAACGUGAAAAUUACGAAGAAGCUGUUAUCUGCUUUUCAAGACUGAAAUUUGUCAUAGUUGUAUAAGAACGCACAUUCUUGAGAUAAACAUUAUCAAUAAGAUGUCAGAGGGAGGAGAUGAUUUAGUCACAAUCAACGGUACUCUACAGAAACACAUCAACACACUGGCUUGUAAAACACAUCAUAAAUGUGAUGUCUGUGCUAGGGAAUUUAGUCAAAGUGGUGACUUAAAAAAACACCUGAGAACACAUACUGGUGAAAAACCUUAUAAAUGUGAUGUUUGUGCUAAAGCAUUUAGUCAAAGUAGUCACAUAAAGAGACACUUGAUAACACAUUCUGGUGAAAAACCUCAUGAAUGUGAUGUUUGUUUUCGAAAAUUUACCGACUUAAAGAGACAUAUGAGAACACAUACUGGUGAAAAGCCUCAUACAUGUAACGUUUGUGCUAGUGAAUUUUCUCAAGGGAGUCAACUAAAAGCACACAUGAGUACACAUACUGGAGAUAGUCCUCAUGGCUGUGAUGUAUGUGGUAAAGGUUUUCGUUUUCUAAGUUAUUUACAGAUUCACAUGAGAACUCAUACAGGCGAUAAACCCCAUGAGUGUGAUGUUUGUGAUAAAAGCUUUAGUCAGCAUGGAACUUUACGGAUUCACAUGAGAACUCAUACAGGUGAUAAACCUUAUAACUGUGGUGAAUGUGGUAAAGGGUUUAGUCACCGUAGUAAUUUACAGAGACACACGAGACUACAUACAGGGGAUAAACAUGAUAAACCUUAUGACUGUGAUUUAUGUGGUAAAGUGUUUCGUAAUAGGCGAAUUUUACGGUACCACAUGACAACACAUACAGGUGAUAAACCUAAUAACUGUGGUGAAUGUGGUAAGAGGUUUAGUAAUAGGAUGAUUUUACGUGAACACAUGAGAACACAUAUAGCUGAUAAACCUUAUAACUGUGGUGAAUGUGGUAAGAGGUUUAGUAAUAGGAUGAUUUUACGUGAACACAUGAGAACACAUAUAUACAGGUGUUAUGACUGAGAUACAUGUGGUAAAAGAUUUGAUCAGAGUGAUGCUUUACAGAAACACAUGAGAACACAUACAAGCGAUAAACCGAAGUAAUUUACAAUGUCACAUGAGAACACAUACAAGCGAUAAACUGAAGUAAUUUACAAUGUCACAUGAGAAAACAUACAAGCGAUAAACCGAAGUAAUUUACAAUGUCACAUGAGAACACAUACAAGCGAUAAACCGAAGUAAUUUACAAUGUCACAUGAGAACACAUACAAGCGAUAAACCGAAGUAAUUUACAAUGUCACAUGAGAACACAUACAAGCGAUAAACCGAAGUAAUUUACAAUGUCACAUGAGAACCCAUACAAGCGAUAAACCGAAGUAAUUUACAAUGUCACAUGAGAACACAUACAGGGUUAACACUUCAUUUGUGUGAUGUAUGUGGUAAAAGAUUUAGUCCGUAUGUGAUUAACAUGAGAAAUAUCGUGAAUGUGACUUACAAUGUACCAUGAUGUAUGUGGUAAACAUGAUCGUUUUCGUGAAUGUGAUGGACAAUGUACAAUGAUGUAUGUGAUAAACAUGAUGAAUAUCGUGAAUGUGACGGACAAUGUACAAUGAUGUUGGUACACAUGAUAAAUAUCGUGAAUGUGACGGACAAUGUACAAUGAUGUAUGUGGUAAACAUAAUAGAUGUCGUGAAUGUGACGGGCAAUGUACAAUGAUGUAUGUGGUAAACAUGAUAUAUAUCGUGAAUGUGACGGACAAUGUACAAUGAUGUAUGUGGUAAACAUGAUAUAUAUAUAUCGUGAAUGUGACGGACAAUGUACAAUGAUGUAUGUGGUAAACAUGAUAUAUAUCGUGAAU